AUGAUAUCUUAUAAUUUAAAAUUAAUUAUAUUUUCAAUCGUAUUAGGAGCAUUAACCUUAUUUUAUAAUAAUGACUGUCAUGGAUUAUAUACAAAUAUAAAAUAUAAAAAUAUCGUGUUAGGGCAAAAAACACUUAGGUCCUUAGCAGAAUCUUCACAUGAACUUACAGCAAAUGAUAAGCAUGAAAAUAAUGAAUUAGGCGAAUAUGCAAAUACGAAUGAAAGAAAAUAUAAGAAAGAAAAAUAUCCAAAGGAUGACGCAAAAAAAAAAAAAAAAAUUCCACCAAUAACAAAUAAGAGAUUUCCUGGAACACCAAAUAGAAUGACUGCUAGAAAAGAAAUAUAUAAUAACGCACAAGGAGGAAAUUCAAGAAUGCCUCCUGGUCACCUUGGAUAUUUGGAAAUGCAAAGAAAGCUUUAUAAUGAUUUUAAUGGAAAACAAGAACUAUAUUUUCGAAAACUUGAUGAUGAAUCAGAUGGUGAAAAUAAUUCUGGGACAAAAAAUCCUUUGAAAGAUGAUGAAUCGUUUUUUCAAUUUACUAACGAAUAA